GUGGUAGUGGAGUUUUUUCCGUCGUCUAUGCCCAUUAAAUUAUCGCAAAAGUGCUCCAGAGCCAGCCACAGUGGUUUUUCGUGUCGGAGCUAAUCGAGAAUUGAGAUUUUCCCAGUUUUUCUGCACGGAAAAGUGACAUAAAACGGUUCGGUAGUGCCGGAAGAGACCAUGUAACCCGCAGGUUGUCCAGUGCUCAAAGUGCGGCCCGUAAUUGUGACGAGAAUCAGUAACAACAAACGCAACAGAGAUUAAACUAUAAACAGUUAAUUUUGCUUCCCCAAGAUGGAUAGCAAAGAUCACCUCGCCUCGGAACAGUUGAUACUGUUGUCAUCAGACGAUGAAAACGAUGGGGAUGUGGUAAUUGAUUAUCUGAGCUCUGCCAACCUGCCGCCACCACAAUCCCCCCCUCAGCCAGCACUGCUAGCAUCGGCGGUGACCACCGGUCUCUUGAGAUGCAAUGAACCAACUACGCCGAAGGAUUCUGCACAUCAGCAGCAGCAGCAGCAACAGCAGCAUCUACCCACUUCCGUAGUCAACAACAAUAUCUACAACAGUAGCAGUAGUAACAGUAGCAACAACGUUCAUAACUAUAACAGUAGCAGCAACAGUGACAAGUGCAGCAAGAACAAGCUGAGUGACAUCGUCAUCGACACGGGUAUCAACGACUUCGGUCAACUGCAGCCACUUCAGCAGCAACAGACGGUUAGCAACGGCAGCACCAGUGUUGCCGGCAACCACCACCACGCCAAUAUGGUGCCAAUAAUUAGCGUCACCCCGCACAGCCCGGGAGCCAAGUACAACUUUCUUGAGGAUACACUGCAUCACCUACAAUGUAUUCGAGAAAGUGUCGCUCAGAUGAAGAACUCCACCAUUCAGAAUACCAACUUUGGUGGAGCCGGAUUCAUCGGAUCAUCGCUUUCGUCAUCCAAGCUGUUCUCGUCAUGCCCCUCGCUACCAGAUCUGACAAUCUCGAACCCGGGAAGCAUCUGGCCCCACCAGCAAACAAUGUACGGUCUGAACACCGACCGGCGGAAGUCCUGGACGGCGAUUGAGGAUUUGACAGAAUGUGCCAAAUCUUCGCACAAAAGUGUUAGUUUGUCGAGUUUGGACAGCGAAGAGCAGGAAUCGCUUCGAGCUGCCGAGAGGUUGCACAAUCGUACCAGUAGAAACAGCACCGGAGGAAUAUCGACACAUUCACUGAAUGAGGCGGAACUGGCGAGGGACUUCGAAAAAAUCGUAGCCAAGCGCAACCUUGCUCCAACAGUCUGCCGGAUCCCGCUGCAGAAAAGUAUCUCGACGCCGUCGAUCGCGCCGGUUCGCAAUCAAGGUGCCAAAGAGGAUACCGCAACUCCUUCACGGCAUCUUUCCGACAGUGAAGAUGAAACCCACGACGAUCGAUCACUGCUUUGUGUGAGAGAUAAAAACGAGGGCUACACAGACCACCCGGAGAAGCGCAGGAAACGUGGAUCGUUGUUCUUCCGCAAAAAGAAAGACAAAGCCAAAACCAAGGGUCAGAACUCCACCUGUGACGCAUGUGGUGCGGUCAUCAAUCUCGCCACCUACAAGGAGCACGCCGUAGAAUGCAAAGCCAAAAUCGCAAAGAAAUAUUUCCAAGUGCAGCCCAAAUCCGGCUCCGGCAAAAAGAACUCGACCAACAGCCACAGUUCCUCGCACCACGAUGAUCAAGGUAGAGACUAUUACGAUGGCCACAUACAAAAUGACAAUUCAAAUUGCUCGGACGAAACACCGCUAAUACGGGACGAGUUCCUUCACGAGGCCCCCAUUGGACCGCACGAUCUUGGCGCGGAACCGAUCCUAGGGGUCGCCAUCGAUGAGCACGACUCGUGGAGUCCCAGUGUACCAAAGGAAAUUGUCAAAUCGCUCAAGGAUAAGCAGGUCAAACGCCAGGAGCACAUCUACGAGUUCAUAAUGACGGAGAAGCAUCACUGCCAAACCCUACUAGUCAUGCAGAAGGUUUUCGUCGAGAGCCUCCAGAAGCACUUCAGUCAUCUGAAUUUGAAGAGGAUGUUUCCCCGGCUCGAGGACCUCACGGAGUUGCACACAAGUUUCCUGAAAAAGCUGCGGCUGAAACAGCGGGAGCACCACAUAGUCGACAGCAUCGCCGACAUUCUGUUGGACUUCUUUUCAGCCAUGUCGGCGCAGAGGCUCAAGUCGGCGUACGGCGAGUUUUGCUCCAACCAUCGAUCAGCGCUGAGCACUUUCAAGUGCUACAUGACCGGAGAUAACACGUUCGCCGAGUGGUACAAGCACUGUCAGCAGAACCCCCUACUAAAGAAGAAGGGCAUCCCCGAGUGCAUUCUGUUCGUGACGCAACGGUUGACCAAAUACCCGCUGCUGAUCGAUCCGCUGCUCAAGAGUUCCCGGGAGGACAAGAUCGAACAGGAGAAGCUACAGAAGGCGAUGCAGCUGGUUAAGGAGAUUCUGGUGGACGUGGAUGCCCGCGUUGCGGACAAGGAGAAGGAGGACCGUCAAUUGGAGAUCUUCAAGCGAAUCGACGCCAAGUCGUAUGCGAUCUUCAAGAAGGACAAGUUCAAGAAAUCGGAUAUUAUUUCCAGUAAUCGGAAGCUGAAGUUCGAAGGAGUGGCCACACUGAUGCAGGGGAGAUCAAAGAUGCAGACAGUGUUGGUCGUGGUUCUGUCGGAUUGUUUGUUCUUUUUGUUGGAAAACUCACACAAAUACUCAUUUUUCACGCCGGAGAACAAGGCUGGAGUGGUUUCGUUACAAAAAUUGUUGAUCCGCGAGAAAGCCGGAACCGAAUCAAGAGGAAUCUACAUCAUCUCCUCUAAUCCGGCGUAUCCGGAAAUGUUUGAACUGAAAGUGCAGAAUCCGAAGGAUAAAAACGUGUGGAUUCAAUCAAUAAGAGCUGCCGUACUGGACUGCCCUUCGGAUGAGUCUGAAGUGGAGGACUACAUGACUGCUGAACAACGCCAAAAAUUGAUAGAUGCUAAGCAAGCUAAUAUUCGUGAGAUUAUUUGCAAAAUGAGGCAAAAAGACUUCGAACAGGCGAUUCUCCUGGAGGAGAAGAUCGCCCUGCAGCUGAGUCUGCUGUUGGACAACGAGCACAACUCGGAACAGCUGGGCCCCACCGUGGAGGCGUUCAUCUCCAACUACGGCUCCUACCGGGAUCUGGUCUCGGAUGACUGUGAUACGAUAGAGAUAUGGAAGCGAGUGUUGAACACGAUCCAGGAAAUCAGCAACCUGGCGGCGUCCCUCUACACGGCUGCCACCGGGUUGCCCCUGUCGCGGUCCUGCAGUUCGGUGGGCGAACGGCAGAGCGAGCUGUACAUUUCUCCCACACUACCAAAGCGAGCGGAAACGUUCGGAGGUUUCGACGAGCGAAGAUCCAAGCAGCAGCAGUGUCUGACGAACUCCUCGAGAGAUGCCGUUCUGUCGACACUCUCGGCCGGGUAUUUCACCAAUCGGGAAAGCUACGAAAAGCGUGAGUCAAACGCGUCCGAUUUCGACGGAGGACCUUUUUCCCCCGGGGCUUCACACGUUCCGGCGAAGCUAAAUUCAGACGUGCUGACGACCGAACAAGCGAAGGAUAAUAACUACGCUGCGUUACACGUGUCCAAUCACCUGCAAACCCUGCUCUGUAUAAUAUCGCAGCAAAUGACCACGAUUCAGAGUCUACAGCACCAGUUGAACUCGUUCCGAGAAAACCCCAAGAACAUGUACCGGCAUAACGACCAGCUGGAGGAACUCCGCAAUCUGCAGGAUAAACUACAGGAAGAGAAGACUGCCUGGCAGAAACAGAAGGAAACUGAGGAACGAGAAUUGGACGAGCAGCGGCUCUCGCAAAAGACUCUGCAGGAGCAGAUUCGGGCCGAACAAGAGGACAUCAAGCAACAGCGGGAACAGCUGUACCGAAAGAUGGAGAUCCUCUCCAGCCAGGGCUUACUGCUGUCACCGAGCGUUGCCCUUCCGGUAUCGGGUGGAGUGAUACCAACGCAGCAUGACGAACAAUCCAGCAAUAGUGAGGAAUACCACGUGGACAGUGGAAUUGGUUCGGGUUCACAAUCCGUUGUGUCAACCAUCGAUCGAAGAAAGGACAAGUGGAGAACUGCUAGCAUAAACAAAGCUCCUCCUGCAAAUCUGGUCAGUGCUACCAACGCACCAAAAAUGAACGCGGCAGCCAUCAAACAGCAGCUGCCGCUGAAGUUGUCCUCAUUGUCGAGCACCAAACCUAGCUCCAGCAACAACAAUUCUAUCACGUCACCCAGCGGAAGUAGUCCCAGUCUGAUGAACAGCAGUGGCAGUGGUGGAGCAGGUGGGGUCACCCAAAUGUUUCCUCUCAAACUAGCUGAUAAGAAGAUUAACGCGAGCUUACCAAAUCACUCACGAACCGGUAGCAGUCCUGCAGUGAUUCAACAGCAGGUUCCGGUUCAAACAGGAAACCCUGCCACUAGAACUAACACCUACCCGAAAAUCCCGGAACGGUAUCGGCUGCGAAGUUCCGAUCAGUAUCAGUCUCCGCAACAUCACUACGGCACUGGGGCCAGCAGUUCGCACUCGCAUCCACACUCGCCUUCAUCGCCGUCGCCGUCAUCCUCGCACCGAUCCGCCAUUCACGAGCAGCAGCAUCUCCUCCAACAGCAGCAGCAGCAGCAACUCUACCAUCAUCAUCUGCAGCAGCAGCAACAACAGCAGCACCAAUACCACCCGCAGCACCAUUCGAUUCACACGACUCCGCUAUCCUCGCGCCACUCCAGUCUGCAGUCGCCACCGCCGCUUGGGUCGUCUCCUUCGCCAAGCGACAUGAUCGGGGCUCCCGGCAGCAGCAGCAACAACAACAUCAGCACCCAAAGCCCCAGCAAAAAGGACUCCUCCGCCAAAGGCAAGGAGGAAGAGGUGAUUUAUUUUUGAUACAUGCCGGUCGAGGUCGAAAUCUAAUUGCCACGCCUCCGAACCGCGUGGGCGUGGCGUUGGGCUGGCCGUGCUGGACUGUGUGCUGCUGGCUGCACUGGUCGUCUCGCUGCUACUCUACGUUGUGAUUCUGAUCGCUCGACUGAUCCUUCCCUUCUUCGCGUUAUGAUCUCACUGGACUGACUGGUAGUUUUUUUUUAUUAAUUGUUUGCCCUGCUUUUCCUCUUAUGAACUGAUGACUUUUGAAGGGGUUGACGGACAUCCAGGUGGGGUGGGAAGCCGCAUCCCUAUAUGCAUUCGGGGGUUGCGGCCCGUAGAUUGAUUAGUUCGUAAGUUUGAAAGCAUUCCUUUGUUUUUGUAUAGAUCGACGAAAUUCUAGGCAUCAAUAAAAUUGAUUCAAAGUUUAAAA